CCGGGAGCGUCCGACACCCACUGGGACGCAGAAGGCGGUGGAGCCCCGGCGGCGGCGGCGGCGGCGGCGGCGGUGGCUGCGGCGGCGGCGCGCGGGAGCGGCGCGCGGGAGCGGCGCGGGCUGGGGCGCGGGGCGCAGAAUAAUCAUGGGCCAGACUGGGAAGAAGUCUGAGAAGGGACCAGUGUGUUGGCGGAAGCGCGUAAAGUCAGAGUACAUGCGCCUGCGGCAGCUCAAGAGAUUCAGGCGCGCUGACGAAGUCAAGAGUAUGUUUAGUUCCAAUCGUCAGAAAAUUUUGGAAAGAACAGAAAUCUUAAACCAAGAGUGGAAACAGCGAAGAAUCCAGCCUGUGCAUAUCCUGACUUCUGUGAGCUCAUUGCGCGGGACCAGGGAGUGUUCAGUGACCAGUGACUUGGAUUUUCCAACGCAAGUCAUCCCAUUAAAGACUCUGAAUGCAGUUGCUUCAGUACCAAUAAUGUAUUCUUGGUCUCCUCUACAGCAGAAUUUCAUGGUGGAAGAUGAAACUGUUUUACAUAACAUUCCAUACAUGGGGGAUGAAGUUUUAGACCAGGAUGGGACUUUCAUUGAAGAACUAAUAAAAAAUUAUGAUGGAAAAGUACACGGGGAUAGAGAAUGUGGGUUUAUAAAUGAUGAAAUUUUUGUGGAGCUGGUGAACGCUCUUGGUCAGUACAAUGACGAUGAUGAUGAUGAUGAUGGAGAGGAUCCUGAUGACAGAGAAGAAAAACAGAAAGAUCUAGAGGAGAGUCGAGAAGAUAAAGAAAGCCGUCCACCUCGGAAAUUUCCUUCUGAUAAAAUUUUUGAAGCUAUUUCCUCAAUGUUUCCAGAUAAGGGCACAGCGGAAGAGUUAAAGGAAAAGUACAAAGAACUCACGGAGCAGCAGCUCCCGGGCGCACUUCCUCCUGAGUGCACCCCCAACAUAGACGGACCGAACGCCAAGUCUGUCCAGAGGGAGCAGAGCUUGCAUUCGUUUCAUACGCUUUUCUGUAGGCGGUGUUUUAAAUAUGACUGCUUCCUACAUCGUAAGUGCAGUUAUUCUUUUCAUGCCACACCCAACACUUACAAGCGGAAGAACACGGAGACGGCCCUUGACAACAAGCCUUGUGGCCCCCACUGUUACCAGCACUUGGAGGGAGCGAAGGAGUUCGCUGCGGCCCUCACCGCCGAGCGGAUCAAGACCCCCCCGAAGCGCCCGGGGGGCCGCCGGAGAGGCCGGCUUCCCAACAACAGCAGCAGGCCCAGCACCCCCACCAUCAACGUGCUGGAGUCGAAGGACACGGACAGCGACCGGGAGGCGGGGGCUGAGACGGGCGGGGAGAGCAACGACAAGGACGAGGAGGAGAAGAAGGACGAGACCUCAAGCUCCUCGGAAGCAAAUUCUCGGUGUCAAACGCCAAUAAAGAUGAAACCCAACACGGAGCCCCCCGAGAACGUGGAGUGGAGCGGCGCUGAGGCCUCUAUGUUCAGGGUCCUCAUCGGCACCUACUACGACAACUUCUGUGCCAUCGCCAGGCUCAUCGGGACCAAAACGUGUCGGCAGGUGUAUGAGUUUCGAGUCAAAGAAUCCAGUGUCAUCGCGCCGGCCCCCGCCGAGGACGUGGACACCCCUCCCCGGAAGAAGAAGAGGAAACACCGGUUGUGGGCAGCACACUGCAGGAAGAUCCAGCUGAAGAAGGACGGCUCCUCCAACCACGUUUACAACUAUCAACCCUGUGACCACCCGCGGCAGCCUUGCGACAGCUCGUGCCCUUGUGUGAUAGCACAAAAUUUUUGUGAAAAGUUUUGUCAGUGUAGUUCAGAGUGUCAGAACCGCUUCCCUGGCUGCCGCUGCAAAGCCCAAUGCAACACGAAGCAGUGCCCGUGCUACCUGGCCGUCCGCGAGUGUGACCCCGACCUCUGUCUCACCUGCGGCGCGGCCGACCACUGGGACAGCAAGAACGUGUCCUGCAAGAACUGCAGCAUCCAGCGGGGCUCCAAGAAGCAUUUACUGCUGGCACCGUCUGAUGUCGCAGGCUGGGGGAUCUUCAUCAAAGACCCUGUACAGAAAAAUGAAUUCAUCUCGGAAUACUGUGGAGAGAUUAUUUCUCAAGAUGAAGCAGACAGAAGAGGGAAAGUGUAUGACAAGUACAUGUGCAGCUUUCUGUUCAACUUGAACAACGAUUUUGUGGUGGAUGCAACCCGUAAGGGUAACAAGAUUCGUUUUGCAAAUCACUCAGUAAAUCCCAACUGCUAUGCAAAAGUGAUGAUGGUCAACGGCGAUCACAGGAUAGGGAUUUUUGCUAAGCGAGCCAUCCAGACUGGUGAAGAGCUGUUUUUCGAUUACAGAUACAGCCAGGCCGACGCCCUGAAGUACGUGGGCAUCGAAAGAGAAAUGGAGAUCCCUUGACGCGUGCUACCUCCUCCCCCCUCCUCUCGGAACAGCGGCCUUAGCUUCAGGAACCUCGAGUACUGUGGGCGAUUUAGAAAAAGAAAAUGCAGUUUGAAAUUCUGAAUUUGCAAAGUACUGUAAGAAUAAUUUAUAGUAAUGAGUUUAAAAAAAAUCAACUUUUUAUUGCCUUCUCACCAGCUGCAAAGUGUUUUGUACCAGUGAAUUUUUGCAAUAAUGCAGUGUGGUACAUUUUUCAACUUUGAAUAAAGAAUACUUGAACUUC